UAAGAUAAAAUUUUCUUAAAUUUUAAUUUCACUAAUUUUAAAUUAUUUUAAAUUAUUUAAAUUAAUUUAAUUAAUUAAUUUUAUUUGUUAAUUUUGUAAAAUAUGUGAUUUUGUGUGUAAUGUUUGAGAUUCUGCUCAGAAGUUCAAUAACUCCGCUUAAUUUCCCUAAAUUAACAAGAAAUUUAAUUAAUUCCAAUGUUAACAAAUUAUUUUAUAAUAAUUUCAGGAGAAUUUCAACUUUUCCUGGGAUCCAUUCGAAAAGUAAUUUUUACGCCAAUUUCACUCAAAAUUCUCUCAAUGAGUUAAAUCAUUUGUUAAUUCAGAAAAAAAACUUCGCUGGGCGUCAGCGUGGGUUAAAAAGGCGCAAGUCUAAGAAAGAGCCCAGACGAAUCCAACACUCCUUAGGCCGCCGAUUAGAGCUUUUUUGGCCUAAAAAGAGGAGAAAAUUGAGGAUCAGACUGGUACAAAAUGCCCGGGGUAAUGUAAUUUAUGACCCCGUCCUGAAGAAGUUUUUGGUAUUUUAUUAUAAACAAGGCACGCAAGUGUUCAGAGGAUUCAGAGCCAAUGGGAAUAAAUUCGAACUCGCCAAAGCCAAAGCCCUCAACUUCGCCAGACAAAUGACACAAUACUACACACAAAGAUACAACAAAAUAAUCGAGAAAUUUCAUACCCACACUGAAACCACCGAUGGUAAAACUAUGGACGGUAACACUAAUCAUAGUGUUGUCACUCGGGAUGUGAUAAAUUACAAUGUGAAAUUACAGCCGGACUGUAAUUUGAGUGGUGUUCGUGGUAUAUUUUUCGAUGUUAAGACGAGUUCGUGGGUGGUAAAAUUCGUCGACUCUGGCGUUAGAAAGUAUAAAUUCUUCUCAACCGAGCUUGGGUUUGGAAAUUCCUACACCAACGCCGUUGAAUUCUUGCGGUUUCAACUGUAUAGAAAUCAUCAAUUCUUACACAGAAGACAUAGGACAAGGAAAAACAGACCAAUACUAAAGUAAAUCCAAACUCAGCAUGGAUAGUACAGUGGAUAGUAUGGAUCCCAUGUGAACUCCAAAGUCAAGCGUAAAUUGGCCCGGAUAGUAGUGAGGCGGGGGACUGCCAAAGGGAGCUAAUUAUACUAUUAUUAUACCACAGUUUAUUACAAUAUUAAUACUACAGUAAGUCAAUAUAGUGGAGUGAGUAGUACACAUUCCGGGUGAAAGGCAAAGUCAAGCGGGAAUUGGCCCGGAUAGUAGUGAGGCGGGGGACUGCCAUAGGGAGCUAAUUACACAUAACUAAUAUACAGAAUAAUAUAUUAAAUAUUGUAGAGUAUGCGAUAUUGUGG